AUGAAGGCCGCUGUGAAAGAGGACCUCUGUGAAAGUCAGGGUGGUGAAAGGUGUGUUGAGAGCAGAUGCUCAGAUCAGAUCUUCAGCACCGCGGACUGUGCCGCGACGGCGGAGGGCAUCAGCGCUUGCCCCGGAACACAGGUUUGCCAGAACAAGUCCACCACAGGCACAACACUUCAGCUGCCUUGCCGACACGGGAACGGCGCAGUAUCGCUGCUGUUGUCCUCCCUGUGCUUGAUGCGUUCGCAAGAUUGCACAGAGGAUGAGGAUGUGGAAAAGAUGAGAGCCAUUCAGAUCCUCUGCCUGGCGCUUGUGCAGAGCUCCUAUGCUGGCCCAUUGGAUUGCGCGGAUGAGUCGGAUCCUCUGGUCAAGACCUGCUGUAGUGCGCAGAGUGCGUGGUCUUCCAUGGAAGCGGCCGGUGGAUGUGGCGGUUCGGGCGCCACGGCCGAGCAGUGCUCCCAGGCCGCCGAGCUCUGCGAGCGCUGCCGCACCGCGGUGGAAGGCCACCGGGACGCGCCCGCGGAUGGCGUCAGCUUGGAGCAGAAGCUCGGGUCCACGGGGGUGGAGGCGGAGGCAGAUGGGACGGAUGCGGAUGGAACCAGCGAAUUCUUGGUUGGUCAAUCCCUGCAGAGAGGAUUCAUUCCACAGGUGGACACGGGGGGCAGGAAGUUUUCCACCCUGGACAUUAGCUUAUUGGAGAUGACCUGCCUCUUGCCCGAGGUAGUGGCCUGUGGUGCGGUGACCGGCCUUGGCUUCCUGGCCUUGUCGGGUGCCGGGCUUCUGCUGCUGCUGCUGGCGGCCGGAGGCCUAGCGCUGCUGGACCAGCGGACGGUGGCACCGGCAGCCCUCGCAAAGGCGCCGAACGGGACGCCGGCCACGCAUUUGGGGCAGCUGCCCCGCCUUCGCUGCAGAUGCUCUGCGGCUGGCCGCUGCGAUGCCCAGUUCUGUAGCGGCCCCCAGCGUAGGAGCUGUGGUGGCCGCCCUGGGACGCGUCUUCCUCCUGAUCUCCACGCUCGCGCUCUUCGCUCGAGUGGCACUGAUUGUGUGCUAUUUGCUGCUUUUGCCCAGGCAACAUGA